AUGAUCAAUCCUGAAGGCAGAUUUUUCACCGCAGAGCAAAUCUACUUUGGCUCCGGCGAGAUCCCUGGAGUCGAAGCCCAUUGCAACGUCUGGGAUUGGGAUCAACUACGAUUGAUUAAAGUCAAAGGCACUAGUAAUGUUUUCCCCUCUGAUGGGGAUAUUGAACACCAGGUCUUAUCGCAAUUUGCUGAUUAUCUAUCACCUACGGUCCGCGCUAUUACCGUCGACGACGACGGGCUCCUUACUGCACUCUCAACGGACCCGGAGGAUGACGAUACUCAAUUUAUUGCGUAUCUUCCAUUUUCAUUACUUGCCUCGCUCGAUAAUUGCCGUAUCGCUGAUUAUCCUACGAUCAAGUUCUCUGAACUUCAAGAACUAGAUCGUCUCGGAGCUGGUGUGGAUCUCUCAUUAUAUAAUGAUCAAAGGGUUGCUUUUAAAUUUGAACCUUUUGGAAAGCCCCGGAGACUACUAAUGGCCUGGAAUGAGCUAAAUCUCCUUGCUCAUCUACCACCACAUCCGAAUAUUAUGCCACUUGAUCGUAUUGUUCUCGAAGAUAUAGAGUCUCGUGUUCUUGGGUUUACUACAAAAUAUAUUCCAAGUGGAACUCUCGCCGAUCACCCUGAGAUUCCUUUACAAUUUGAGUGGUUGAAGCAGUUGACCCAGGUUGUGGAUUUCCUUAAUCUUGAACUCGGUGUAAUGCAUCAAGAUAUUGCGCCUCGAAAUCUACUUAUCGAUCCGGAUACUACUAAGAUUCUUCUUUUUGACUUCAAUUGGGCCGUCUACGGAACAGCAUCCCUAAUCGAGGGUCGAGAUGAUGUAUCUAGCGUCGUAUAUACAUUAUACGAGCUUAUCACAAACGAUACCCAUUUCUCAAGCAUCCCCUACUGGGAUCGAAAUGUCGAUGAGCUGCUGAGCUCUGAUUGGGUGUGCAAACGCGAGCUAGACUCGGAUAUAUCGAUAUUCCGCGAGUUUUUGAGUGAAUGGCUAGAGAUGCGGAAAGGGAGUAUUGAAAAAUAUUCCAAUGCACCUAAUCAGCUUACUUGGCCAGACCUGCCAAAUCCACCUGAUUACAGUGUGCCUUUUGAACUAGGUGAAACCGAUAACGGAGAGCCGCUUUAUGUAACAGGCCCACGGACAAGGCGUACAGCCUUGUCAAAGGGGCAGUAUUGUUUCCGCUGGGAAAGGCCACCACAAAAUAGAUCGAGUUCAGGUAGCAUCGAAAAAUAG